ACCCAAACCCAAGCCCAGACCUAUCGACCCCGCAUCCAAUUCUAGGUUUUCGAUUCCCCUCCACAGGAUGUCCGACUCCGCCGCCGCCUCCGGCGGCAGCGCGUGGGCGAACGGCGGCCCCUGCUUCGGCGACAUGGUCUGGGGCAAGGUGAAGUCCCACCCGUGGUGGCCGGGCCACAUCUACAGCGUCGACCUCACCGACGACGAGGAGGUACACAGCGGCCGCCGCGACGGGCUCGUCCUUGUCGCCUUCUUCGGCGACUCCAGCUACGGCUGGUUCGAUCCGCAGGAGCUGGUCCCCUUCGAGGACCACUUCGCCGAGAAGGCGGCUCAGGGCGGCAGCUCCCGCAGCAGCUUCGCCGCUGCCGUCGCGGAAGCCGUCGACGAGGUCGCCCGCCGCAGCGCGCUCGCGCUGCUCUGCCCGUGCCGGGAACCCGAGGCGUUCCGCCCCCACCCCAGCGACGGCAGAUUCUUCCUGGUCGACGUCCCGGGAUUCGACACAGACGCAGACUACCACCCCGACCAGAUCCAGGCGGCACGGGAUCGAUUCGUGCCUUGGGGGGCGCUGGACUACCUGCUGGACGCCGCCGUGACGCAGCGCAACGCGGCGGAAGUCGCCGCGCGUACCGUGCCAGGUAUGGAGAUGGCCGGGCUGUUCAUGGCGUACCGCCGCACAGUGUUUGCGCCGCGCGACGACACCUACGCCGAGGCGUUCGGGGUGGAUCCGGAGAAGGUGCUUGAAGCCGAGAAGCAAGCGGCAGCUGACAAAGCUCAACGAGCUCGGCCGCUCAAGGGUGGGCUCAGGAAGACGCCGGAGCAGGCCGCGCCGACGCCCGGCCGCCGGCGGGGCUGCGCCGGCGGGGCCGCCGCCAGGCUCAUGGAGAAGAUCGUGCCGGGGGCCUCCGCCAUGAAGGCCAAGUCCAGCAAGAAGGACCAGUACCUGCUCAAGCGCCGGGACGCGCCGGAGCCCGCGCACCGCCCGCCGCCGCCGCAGCUCCCGGACGCGCCGCCCCCGGCCCCAGCCCCGCCCGCGCUCGAGGACGGCCCGCCGGGGUUCCGCGCCGGGGACCCGCCCACGCCGCCGCUGCCCGGGAGCUCCCUCACCGACGAGGAGGAGUUCAUGCUGCAGCGCCGAGCGCCGCUCGUCGAGGUCCCGGUCGCCGCACAGGCGGCCGAGGGGGGCGCUGCCGCUGCAGCCGCGGCCGGCGACGCCGCUCCAAAGAAGGCCACAAAGGCCAAGAAGCCCCGCAAGCGCGAGCGGGAGGACGCUACUGACGCGGGUGCCGCCACCGGCGGCGCGGCUGGCGAGCCCAAGAAGAAGAAGAAAAAGAAGAAGCUUACCGACCUGGACGGCGCGGCCGCCGGCAGCGGUAAAGCCGCCGCUUUUCCGGCCCCCAACGUGACCGACCCGAACGGGCUUGACCUGACGCAGAGCUACGAGAACGACCCACCCGAGGAGUCCAAGAAGAGCCUGGACAAGCCCGGCGCCGCUGCCGAUGGCCAGCCGGUGAAGAAGAAGAAGCCGGUCGUGAUACCCGGCGCCGGCAAUGACCCCACCAAAGCCGGCGUAAAGCGCGGGCCGUCGGACCGCCAGGAGGAGCGGGCCGUGAAGAAGAAAGCCAAGCUCGACAAGAUUAGGACACUGUCCAGCGAGAAGAAGGCCGGCGGCCUGGAGCAGAGAGACAGCUCUGCCGCCUCGCCUGCUGCGCAGCCGCAGGCACGCCCUGGCGCGAAGGAGAAGCCCGAGAUGGCCGCCGCCAAGAAAAAGGAGCCGGCGCCGGCGCCGAGGAUCAGGACCCCGUCGCCGACGGCGCUGAUGAUGAAGUUCCCGAUCAAGAGCACGCUGCCGUCGGUGGCCUCGCUCAAGGCGCGGUUCGCGCGGUUCGGGCCGCUGGACGUGGACGGCAUCCGCGUGUACUGGAAGUCCCACAUGUGCCGUGUCAUCUACAGGUUCCGGUCCGACGCCGAGGCCGCGCUCAGGUACGCCAAGGCCAACGCCAUGUUCGGGCAGGUGGACACCCAGUACCACCUCCGCGAGGUCGAGGCGGCGGGCCGCGAGCCGCCGGCGCCGGAGGCGCCCCCGCAGCGCUCGGACCUGCGGCUCAUGGAGACCGCCCCGUUCAGGCCCGGCAGCUCCGGCAACGGCGCCCCGUUGCCCAUGUCCAGGGCCAUGCCGGCGCGCCCGGCCGGGGGACAGCAGCCCAAGUCCAUCCUGAAGAAGAGCACCGAUGACGGCGCGACUGCCGCCGCCAGGGACGCACCGCGGGUCAAGUUCAUGCUGGACGGUGGGGACGGCAAGCUCGAUUCGCCUGCCCCGCCGGCAACCGGCGCCGCCGGAGGCAACGGCGCGGACAGCGGCUCGCCGGGCGGCAAGGUCCCCAAGUCGGUCGGUUUCGCCGCGCAGCCACCCGCGCGCACCCUGCAGCCGCCCAUGCGCCCCGCGCAGCCGCCCCUGCAGCAGACUCCCCGCACCGCGGCUGCCGCCGUCACCCAUCAGCUCCCGCCGCCGCCGCUGCAGCCGCAGCAGCACCUGCCAUACCAGCCUCGUUCCAGCGACGCAGGCCAGCAGCUGGCGUACCCGCCCCGCCACACCGAGGCGCCGCUAGCCUUCUCCAACAGCCAGCAGCCGCUGCCGCCGUACCCGCCCCGCCACGGCGAGGGCCCGUCCGCGCUCCCCGGGCCGCCGCCGCUGCCGUACCCGCCACGCUCCGCCGGCUUCACCGGCCAGCAGCUGCAGCAUCAGCAGCCGCCCCGCUCCAGCAGCAACGCCGCCGACGAGGCUGCGCUCGCGUGGAAGAGGAGCAAGGAGGAGUUCAAAGACGAGGUGUGGAGGCUCAUGACGGGGAUCGCCAGGAUGGUGGAGCCGCUCACCGACAAGAACGGUUUCUUCCCCUACCACCUCUUCCGAGCGCAGUGAGCGUGCGCGGUGGCGUCUUCCUCCUCGUCGACCCCACCAACCGAGCUCGCAGAAAAAGAGAUGUCGAUCGCGGCGGCAUCAUGGUCGUGGUGGAGCUAGCUGCCGCCGCGGUGUAUCCGUUGGGCCCCAGUGCCAGUAGUGGUAGCAGUAGUAGCGGUAAUGCUAGUAGCAACUGUGACUUCGCCGGAGAGAUACUAGUAGUGAAGAAGAACGGCAGGUACCUGUUGUGUGACUGUAUGAGAUGACUGGUUUUGUACUCUGGUUUGUUUGUGCGAGAGCGUGUAUGCACUCCGCCGUCAAGAAUCUGGGUGUUUGUUAUA